AUGAAUGAACAUUUGGCCAACAUUAAUUUUCCAGAAUUGUUCCGUGACAAAUCGCUCAUCGAGAAGGUCCAAUUACUUCAUAACGUGAUUGAUAAUGCUAUUCACAAUUUUGUUCCAACUCACAUCGUCAAGCACAACGUAAAAUGUCCCUGGAACAACAAAUUACUGCAAGCACUGAAGAACAAAAAGAACAAGGCCUGGAAAAAUUUCAAACGUACAGGUGAAAGAGACCGCUUCGAUUCGGCAUUCGAAAACUUCGAUCAACUAAAUACUACGUUGUACAACAUUUACGUGGAGAAGAUGAAAACGUCAUUGAAACGAAAUCCAUCAUCGUUUUGGCAAUAUGUCAACUCUAAAAAGAGCACCGAUAACAAACCAAAAGUGCUGCAACUUGGUGAUGACCGCACAUCGAACGAAACUGAACAGGCUGAUUUGUUUGCCAAAUUUUUCAGCGACAAUUAUGAUGCUCAACAAUCAACGAUGACUCAUCAUCAACAUCAACUAGAUGAUUCCACUGUACACAAUGACUUUCAGCUCAGUCAUGCCUUCGUACUUGAAGAACUUUUGGCUACCAACUGUAAAAAGGGUGCUGGACCAGAUGGCAUCCAUCCACUCUUGCUGAGGGGGUGUGCUCAUCAGCUUGCAAUGCCACUCACCAUUAUUUUUAAUGAAUCAUUAUCAAGUGGCCAAUUUCCAAACAAAUGGAAACGUUCAAGUGUUACGCCAAUUUUCAAGAAGGGUGCUCGAUCAAAAAUUGAAAAUUAUAGACUUAGUAAAGCAUUGGAUAAAGUCUGUCAUGACAAGCUAUCAAGCAAACUGGGUACAUUCAAUCUUCCGAUCAAUUUUAUUUCGUUGCUGAGAUCGUAUUUAUCGGGCAGAAGCCAAUUCGUUAAAUAUGGCAACAGCGAAUCGGCUGACUUCAACGGCACAUCGGGCGUACCGCAGGGCAGUCAUCUUGGGCCGACACUAUUUCUACUAUUUAUAAACGACAUCGUGUACGACAUGGAUGAUGUUUUCAUCUCACUAUUUGCCGAUGAUGUCAAAAUAGCCAAAAUGAUUAAAACCGAGCAUGAUGCCAACGUCUUGCAACAAGCUAUUGACAAGUUAAAAAGAUGGGGUAAAUCGAUCACAACUACAAAUUACACCUAUGGCGACCAUGUGUUUGACCGUGUGACGGAGCACAAAGAUUUGGGUACCAUUAUAGAUAGUAAAUUGUCAUUUGCCAAACACAUUGAUGCUAUCACAUCCAAAGCAACGGCUGCCCUUGGUUUUGUCAAAAG